GACCGGUACGACCUGCUUCGGGGAAGAAAAAAUGGCGGAGACGGCGUCGUCGGGGGCUGAAGAAGCGGCAAUGGAGCAGCAAAAGGAAAAGCAAGAAUCGCAGGCAUCAUCAUUAUCAUCAAUAGCGUCAAUGGCGGAGGAUCUGCAACAUAGUGUGAUCGAAUCGACUCGUUCUCUCCAGCAGAACUCUUCCGACCAUCUUCGCACCUUACAGGAUUUCGUACCGCGUGCGUUGUCCCGGUGUAGAAGCUAUGAGGACGCUUUCUUCAUCAAAAUCAAAGUUGCAUGCCUUUCAGAUGAGUUGAAGAGGGCGAGGGAACAUCCAGGUGCGGCUGUCGGGGUUGCAGCAACCGCUGCUUUUCUUCUUUUGCCAGGCCCAAGAAGGUUUUUGUUUCGUCAUACGCUAGGUCGACUACAAAGUGAGGAGGCACAGUUUGUUAGAGCUGAGAAGAAUGUGAAGGAGUUGAACCUUUCUGUUGAUCUAAUGAAGAAGGAGAGCAAAAAGUUGCUCGAAAGGGCAGCGCUUGCUGAAAAGGAUUUGAACUAUGGCCAUACUGAGCUCAUGAAAGCUGGAAGUGAAAUUCAAGACCUUGCGAAAUCAGUUUAUGAAGUUGAAGCACAAGCCGCAGAAAUGAUGGAUGGGCUGCGAGAAUACCCUGGUAGGGAGGCUUUGAAACUUCGAGCAGAGGUUGCUUCUAUGGCUUCACUUGUGAAACAGCGGAGAGAUAAGUUGAACAAACAGAUAAUGAAGAUUUCUGAAUUAGGGGUUCCCGUGUGAUAAAUAAGAUAAAUAUCUUGAUGACAUUCCUUGGGUACCCUUUUUUCCCUUUUUCCUCCAUUGUUAUACAUGAGGAGAAGAGUUGGUUUUUUUCACUUUCCCAUAUUUGUAAUGCUUGUUGAUCAAUUUAUAUUUUUAAGCAGAAGCAGAACAGAAUUACUUAUAAUUCGUAACUA